UGUUUGGGCCAACCUUUCCCCUCAAGUCUCCGUCAGAUGUUAUCGCGAGCGCUGCAUUCGGUCAAGGGUCAUUUUUGGCUUAUACAAUCUGGUGCUGUCUCUUCUUUCUUCUCUCACCACGCCCCCAAAAAGCUAUUUUGACCUCAUCUUCUUAUUAGAUCCCUAUUAUCAAUUCUCUUUUGUACUUUAGACUCCCCGCCAUCCCUACAUGCACUUGCACCACACUUACCGCCACUAUCUGCUCACCACACUCACCGCUUCGCCUUCACCAACAACCGUGUGCCCGUUUCUUCAAGGCACAAUGUCUCACAAAGAGGAAUCAUCGCCGACGGAAUCCCGUGUUGUUUUGAGGACACAGGGUAUGAACGAAGUCUUACCGCGUCAUGAUCUCGACAUGUUCACAUCUGCCGGAACGUAUCCGCACGGGAGUUGGGAGCUCUCUGAGGUCGGUCAGCCUCACCAAUUCCAGGCCGCUUACUGCGUGCGAGAUGCUCAGGGGCAAAAGGUACGCGCGCCAAUGCCGCUGGUCAGCGUCUCCGCAGUCACAAAUCAAGAAGAAAUUUAUCAGCACUGCACAGUCUAUCACUAUGAUCCGACAUGCCAGAGCCGACGUAACACAGAUCACCACCAGACAGCUUCCGUCAUUGGCCAGAACCAACACCAUCUCAAUAAUGCUCUACUACAGGAUCAAAGCAAUUAUCAACCGACAUCAUUGGAUGUCCAGGUGACGGAUCAACAGAACAUCACUUUCGACGUCCAGGCCGAUGAAUUUUCUCGGGGUAGUGCUGCCCUCCUUUCUAGCCCGCCAGCAUAUCCAUCAAUAGCGGCACAGCGCGCGAGUCCCGUGGAAAAAGACGGGGGAAUUACGCGAAUAUCGACACAUGGCUCAAACAUCAUCUGCUUUCCAUCGGAAAACGCCACUAGUGAAUAUCCACGUCGGGAGGAUUCGCUGGUUGUCAACGGGUCUUUCCACAGUAACUCAUACCACGAGGCGCUUCAGCAUUCCGCGGCGGACAAUCUCAAUGGGCUUGGGCUGUUUACUCCCCAAGAAUCACUCGACACGGGCGUCCACGGAGAAAAUUUCACAAUGAACGACUCUUUCACAACCAUGACGCUUUCGCCUCAGACAUUGUCAUUCGAUGAACAGGCAUUCGACGAGCUUUUCCGCCAGAGGCACGAUGCCAACUAUGACUUCGACGAAACCAAUAUAAGAGGCAAUCCAAACGAGGCAGGAGAUGAUUCAGCCACGGCCAAGAAGGAACGAUGAAAUUUUUCCUUGCUUGUUUUUUUUCUCUCUAUUUGUUUGUGUUUAGGCAUGGGAGGCAAAUUGAGAACAGCAAAGAAGGGAAGUUGGGGGCCAUUCUCUGCAAUGGAGCUACUAUGAUGGAGUUCAAAGUAGGUGGAAAGGGCAAACGACCAUUUUUUCAUUCUUCUGAAACAGUAGAGGCCGACCUAAAGGAGCUAGCUGCUGGUCUUCAGCGAUGGGU